AUGGCUUCUCCGUUCAAGACCUUCGUCUUGCGCAUGCCUGCAACAGGUCUCGUGCGCUCAUCGCCGAAAGCUCCCUUCUCGACUAUCUCUGCCGCCCGUCCUGCAUCAUGCCUCUCGCGCUCGCCGCUCCGAUCUCAAUGCUUCACUCCCGCCGUUUCGAUCCCCAAGACCUUCGCCCGCGCCAUCUCGGAUAAGCCGCAGUCGCAGGCGACCCCAGCUGCGUCCGGCACCGAGCUGCCUCCUCUGGACUGGAACAACUUCUUCAAGAUGCGAGUCAAGCGCCGACGAUACCAGCUUCUCUUCUCUAUCACCAAUGGAAUGUUCGCCGGAAGCGCAGGAGCCGUGUUCCUCUCGACGGGUAUGGCGGAACCCAUCAUCUCCCAGAUUCCCCUCGACCCGUUCAUGACGCUGGGACUUAUGACGCUCGCCUUUUCGGGUCUCGGUUGGUUGAGCGGCCCCAGUGUUGGAAACCAGGUGUUUUACCUGUUGAACCGCCAGUGGAAGAAGCAAAUGACGCAAAAGGAGGCUGCAUUCUUCGAUCGCAUCAAGAAAUAUCGAGUUGACCCCGCCAACUCCAGCGCCAACAACCCUGUCCCUGACUUCUACGGAGAGAAGAUCUCAAGUGUCGCUGGAUAUCGCCAAUGGCUAAAAGACCAGAAGGCCUUCAACAAAAAGAAGACUGCCAAUUUUGUAUAA